UUAUUUAAAUUAACAAAUAUGUUCACAGAAUAAGCUUCCGUGGGUCCACCUCUUCAGGAAUGUUAAAAUGACUUGGAGCAUAAAUUGCUCUCCAAAAUCCCCAAAAUGAUCGACUCUUGUUUUGUACAAUGUAAAAAUUUUAAAACAACAUUUUUCAAUGAGUCGAAGUUUUCUUCAUAUACAGUCGAUUUGCCCUUUUGAAAGGUAGCCGCAAUUCGGAAAAUUGGAUAGUGGAACGCCAAUACAAUUGGACCUUUUGUAUCGUCUGGUAUAAUCACUACUCGUUGAGAGUGAAUUUUGAAAGAUGGUUGGCGAUUUGAAUCAGGAACAAACUGGGCUUCAGGUUUCAGGAAGUUAAGUAGUUGAAAUUUUGUUUAUUCACUGGAAUGUUUCCCACAAUGGAAAUGUCAAUGUUCACAUUGUGUACUUACUUAGGGUUUGAAAACCAGCAAAAGAACUAAUUAAUCGUUUUUAAACUUUUUACCGGUUGCCCUUUAAUGCAGAAUUUUAUUAUCGCCCUAAAGCGACCGUCUGUUACACUUUGACGAUGCAUUUCAUUGCACAGUUCUUUGUGUUUCAAGUGGCAAUUGUGGUUCAUUUUUGAAAUUUUAUUUCUAUUAACUCAAUGAGCAUAGUUAACUAUCUGAUGACGGGGGUUUUAGUGAAUUGUGUCUGCUUUGAAAGGAACUCAUCAUAUUUACGUAUAGUGGUAUAGUAGCUACUCUUAAUUAUAGUUCAAGGGCUUUCAAAAAAGUAUCUCCAUGCUAUAAAAAAAAAGAAAGCUACUUUGCGUAAUAAUACUGCCAGAGGAACCGAAAUUUUAAUCCCUUACAAGAAUUUCUGAGAUUAUUGUACUGAAACAGUUCAGCCAUAAGACAUAAAAGCUCAGUAGACCAGUUGGCGCAAUUCAUUUUGACGUGUAGUACGUCAGUACCUUGCUGUAAAUUCAAAAUGUUAUAAAAUCAUUUUUACGAUGUCAAUACCGCGUAGAACAAUCACCAAAACAGUUCGUCAAUAUGGCAACACCACCGAAACUACGAUCACGAGAAUCUCAUCAACGGACACACGACCUUCCACCUCAAGAAUACCGCAGACAAUGUCAAGACUUCCCGUACCCAGAGUUGCUAAUCAAACGAGCGCCAGCAGCGUUGCAACGAGUAAAACACCUGGAGGUAUGGCGACAAAACCUACACACCUACCGAAACCGAAGGCACCACCACCUCAACCUGCACCUCGGGUAAUACAGCCGUCAGGCCCGCGCCAAAGGGGACAGCCCGCCCCAUUGACGACCAUGAAAAAUCCUUUUGGCGGACAAGCCAGAAAAACGGCACCACCUCCUCCUAGACCGCCAACACAACGAGCUCCAGCUUUAAAUGUGUACCAAGUACCCCAAACCACUCGUGGCGCGGUCCCAAAGGUAUCAGUUAAAACAGUCAAAACCCAAAAGGUUGAGACUAUGGGCAAGGGAAAGAGAACUGUAACCAAAGUCACAAAGACCAUUAAACCGCGAGCGCCCGAUGCCGACGAAAAUGCGGACCAACCAUCUCCUCUUAAAACUCCACCAGCAGGUCCCAGCAAUGAUGAUCAGGAGGUGCCCGCAGACUUUUCCUUUGGAUUUCCUUCGCCGAGUGCGUCGAUUGAGAGAUUAGUGGAAAAGGAGCUGAUGAGGAAUGCAAGUAUGAGCCCAGGUGCUCCAGUUCGAGCCAAAGGUAGUAGGCGGACAGAUACAAGCGCGCCCGUGUUGCAAACACCAGAUGGAGAUGUUGAAAGUAGCAUUCAGAUCAGUUUAAAUAGGCAAGUUGAGAGAACUCCGGACGUUGAGUACAUUAAAAGGUACAUGGCGGGCGUGGAGGUUGACGAACAAGGUGCUGCUAAAAAAUAUGAAUAUAGCAUACAGGAUAUGGAACCUUCUAGUGGAAUAGGGCCGCGAUCGGAUGGGGUGGUGCCUUUGCGUGAAAUAAUAUCGGUUAAAAGCACUGUGGCGUUUGCUCCGGGUGUUAAAGUUAAGGAAAAUACGACCGUCUAUGAAAGCGUUGAGCCAGAUCCGGUCCAGAUAUCCCAGUUGGUUGAGGAGGAGGCCAUGGACGUUGAGAAGAUGCGCUUUGUACAGCCGCCCGAUUUGAAAGGGUCCAUGUCCAGCGUUUACGGUUUGAAGAAAAAAUUGCAGAAAAUGCAGUUGUCUCCCGAAGCCGUUCGUCAAUUGGAAACCUCGAUGGAGCGACAUCCUCCAAUUUCGGCCGAUGAACCACCGGCGGAAGUGCAACCAGAAUUAAUGGCAGCGAUUAUGCAUACGGAGGAGAAAGGAUUGAGUAUGGAAUCACCACCUGCCAAUGUGUGUAAUUUCCUAUUUCCUGACGCCAAGGAUGAUCUGACGAUUAAAGUCAAACCCGUGGCUCCCAGUCCAAUGCAAAAAGUCGUGGUACCAGAAGACGUGCCUUCUUCCGUGUUAACCGAAUCCGUUCCACCUGAAAUCGAGCAUUUAGCUACGCGCGCAAGAGAUUGCAAUGCUAGAUCGCCAACUGAUAAUAUAUACUCUACUCGCGUGCUACAAGGAAAGACGAGGCCGAAAAUUAACAACACUGCUAAGCGAGGACAAGCUGAAAGACGCGGAUAUCCUGUGUAUAUAAGCGAUGAAAAACCGCCGUGGGGCGUUGAAGAACUGCAACCGAUUAUGGACCUGGCAGGUGCCGCUCCGUCAAGUCAGGCGCAGCGGGUCGAUACUUUAAAUGUUUCUGAUAACGUUCCGCUAUUCUACCACAAUGAAGACGAGAACGUACUGGAAUACCAUUUAAUACCACAACCACCCAGAUUUACCUCGCACGUUCAACUUCGUGGAUCCCAAAAGCCAUCGUGGUUUCCAGGUUUUUGUAUUGCAUUGCCUGAUAAUAUUCGCGUGGUAACGACCCCAUGCGACGUUCUACCUGCAGCCUGGCAAGCGGUUCAACCUGACAUCUUUUCCGAUGAAAGCUUCUUGAUCGUUGGAUGAAAUUGAAAUAUUUAAGUAAACGAUGCGGAAAUAAAUGUGCGUUUUAUUGUCAACACAUUUCU